AUGACCAUUUGUAUCUCUGAAAACCGUGUUGUGUCUAUCUUUUGGCCAUGUGACUUACUUGAUCCUUCUGAAGAGCUUCCUUUGGUAAUUGUUGGAUAUAUCAUAGAUAUGGUAAAAGUCGUGGCGAUAGAUCUCGUUCCCCUAGAGAUUUACGAAAAGAUUAAUCUAUCCAAACACGUUAGGGGACUGAAACGACUACAAGCUUUGGGUACUAUCAAUUUUCACAGCAAGCAGAUACCCAGGCGAGUGAACUACAACUACGCUGCUAAGAGGCCUAUUUUGAACUCGAACGAAUUGUUGAUUCUGUACAAGCCGCCUAGGUCCGGGAAGCUGGAAUAUUUUUCAAUCGAUCCCAUAGCAAUAAAUAUAUUCUGGACUUCUACCGAUUUCAAGAGUCCUAUGCCAAAGGACAUCGAACUGGAUCGAUACUCUUCGAAGUUGGAGUAUCAUUUUCCUUCUCAUAGUACCACUGCCAACACCAAGGAGUUGCUAAGGUACAUAAACUUGACUGAGUACUCUCGUUCUCGGCUGCGCCAGGCUUCACAUCAGAGAAGUCCCAUUUCUGAGUAUGCGACAUUUUGCAAAUCGUCUUUUGAAGCUAUACUUAGAAUACUUGCUUCAAUUUACAGUUUAGUAGUCCAACCCGUAUGUGGAUACAUCAACUUUUUACUCGAGUAUCCGUUAAUAGCGAAGGCAGAUACCAGAGUAAGUGAUGAGGACGAAGAUGAUGAAGAAACGGAAAACGAGGACACAAGUUCACCUAUAGUAACCGGUUCUGUGAUUUCCCUUGCAUUAGUUUCGCAUACCUUCCAUCAAUUGAACUCCCGGUUCAAACAGUUGUACAAUUUACCGGAUCAGCUCCAAAAGUUGCGAUUAUCCAGAUCAGAGAGUGAAACCCUGAUUCUCAAAGGUACAAAAUUUUCUCCAACUGUGUAUAUCAAGUUCUACAACACGGUUUGGUUGAUUAUCAAUGACAUUUUAAUGGGUAUUACUGUCUCCAAUCUACUUCGAUUGCAUAAAGAAGAAGUCAUUUGGGGGUUCUCCUUUCUACUUCGAAGUUCGCAUAACAUCAUGAGCUCUAAUGUGAUCUGGUUGAUGAAUUCUCCUGCUGGUUUCAAAUUGAACAACGAAUUGGCCAGAUUUUUUGGAGAGAUGAUUCUAUGGACUAUGAAAUUCUGGGAGGUUGAGGUUAUUCAACCGGCUUCGGAAAAUGCCGCUUUAUUGCUCUCAAUAGCCAUUUUUUGUGUUAGGUACUGCGGUGUAUCUUUACUCGUGGCCCUAAUGGUUGACGUUUUCCAACUUCUGACUUUAGAAUUGCAAGGAUUCUAUACUGCAUGUACUAGAGUCUACCACUGGCUGUACCACACGUUAACUUCACUGUUUCGGCUAUUUUACGGCAAGAAAUACAACGUAUUGAGACAUAGAAUAGACUCUAACGACUACGAGUUUGACGAGCUUAUGUCAGGAAUUAUCAUUUUUACUAUUCUUCUCUAUUUGCUUCCAACGGUGGCUGCUUUUUAUCUUACCUUUGUUGGAACUCGAAUCAUUUGCUUUACUAUUGUGGUUUUGAUGGAAUUUAUACUCAUCUCAUUGAACCACUUACCUCUUGGAGUGAUUCUUCUCAGGCUCAAAAAUAAGGAGAGACUUCCAGCUGGUAUUAGUAUCACUGCUUCGGAAAAGCACUUUACUCUGUCCACAAAGUGGCUAACUAUGCACAACAUCUUUCGAGGCCAUAUCCGUUCUAUGAUGAACUUCAACCUCAUUAAUUACAACGAGGUAUACGCUCCCAUCAAUGAAAACCAUCCUGCAAACUAUGGAAUGCAAGAUGUCAUUACUAACUGGAAUAAAGCGUCUCCCAUGACCAUCUCAAAGGACAUCUUUCUUGGUGAGAUGAUCGACACUUUCGACUACAAAAAGAUGUUCUAG